UGAUAAGAUAGUGUGCAUUUGUAUUGGAAGGUGUCGGAGCAGUAUCCUUUAUAACUUUAAUGAAAAUGUGGCAUCAGAGAGAGUUGAAGCUAGUGUUAGUGUUAUUGUGUGUGGUUGUGGCGGGCGGCGCGGCUGCGGGCGGGGUAGAGGGCGAGGCCGGGGCGCCGAGCGCGGACUGCGACGUAUCCCUGCAGGACGUCAACAACCUAACUCUCAACUGCUCCCGCCGCGGCCUGAACAGCGUGCCAAGGACAUGGCCACAGCAAAUCGACAAUACCGUAGACAAAGACGGUCACGUACUGGUGACAUUCUUCAACAACAGCAUCACGAAUGUAACAGAGCUACCGCUAGUGCCUGGGAACAGGAUAGCGAUUAUAUUUAAAUCCAACGCCAUCGUGGAGAUAGAGGAUGGUGCUUUCUCUAACAUACAACGAUUGGUUUACUUGGAUUUGAGCAAUAAUCGUAUCUCAAGUGACGUACUGAGGAGCGAAAUCUUCCAAGGUCCGUACAACAACACCGUGUACAGCAGUAUAGCACUGGAAACUUUGAAUCUGGGCCGCAACCAGAUACACUCGCUGGACAGAUAUCUGUUCCAAUAUACGCCGAAUCUAACGCGCCUCUAUCUUAAUAACAACCCCAUAGAAAUACUUGAUCAUGUCACUGUGUUAGCUCUUUCCAGUGCUACCAACUUACAGGUAUUAGAUUUGUCGAGCACGGAUAUCGAUUCUAUACCACUAGAUGCAUUCAGAGGUCUAGUGAACUUGCAACAAAUAGACUUAUCCGGCAACAAGUUUGUCAAUGUACCCGAGAGCUUGAGUAUAGUAGGCAGUACUCUUCAAUACCUCACAUUCAACAACAACCCGAUUGUUGAGCUCAACGAUGACAGCUUUGUUGGUCUUAGCAAUCUAUUGGAACUGGAAGUCGGUGAAAAUAAUUAUUUGGAGGAAGUUAAAAGAGGUACAUUUACGCCACUUAAGAAAUUGCGUAUCUUGCAUCUGUGUCACAAUACUAAUCUGAGAUACAUCAGUCACAACGCAUUCCGAGCUUUGAAGGAUAAAUGGACGUUAAAAGAGGUAUAUAUUGAUGAUAACAACUUAAGUGAAUUGUCAGCGGAUCUAAUGCCAUGGAGCAAGUUAGAGAUUUUAGGAAUGACUGGAAACAGUUGGCUUUGCAACUGCGACCUUGCUGAGAUCAUAACCAAACAGGAGGCAGGGAAUAAAUUUAAAGAUGGUGAUAUCCCAUAUUGUGCUGCACCAAUGAAAUAUGCUGGAACAUAUGUGACAAAUAUCUCUAUGGCCUUUUGUCCAACAUUUGACUCGACAUUUGCAAACAAACGUAGAUUUUCCAUAUCAAACUUAAGACCAAAACAUGUACUAUGGAGUAUAUUUGGUGUAGCGGUAGUUGUUUGCAUUGGAAUGCUGGUUGGACUGCUUGUGAAUACACUCAAGGCUUUCUAUCAUAAAAAGCUGCAGAGCCAUCCCAUUCGUUACAUUAACUUACACUCUGAUACAAGCUAUGCUUGAAAAAUAAAUAUGUUCUAUAAUAGUUUGUGUAAACUUCAUAUCUUACUCCAAUAUAGUAUUGUUUAGAUAAAUAUUAAAAUUUUAACACAUAUCAUUGAUUAGU